AUGAGCGGCGUCCCGCUCGCGAUCAAGGACAACAUCUGCACCCAGGGUGUCCGCACGACAGCCGGGUCCCAGAUCCUGCGGGACUACGUGCCUACCUUUGACGCCACCGCUGUCAGCAAGCUGCGCGCGGCGGGUGCGGUGUUCCUAGGGAAAACCAACAUGGACGAAUUUGGCAUGGGUAGCUCUACGGAGAACUCCUCAUACCAGCCCACUCGCAACCCCUGGGACCCGGAGCGGGUGCCGGGGGGGUCAUCCGGGGGGUCGGCGGCUGCGGUGGCGGCCCGGGAGUGCGCGGCCGCAUUGGGCUCUGACACAGGCGGGAGCAUUCGGCAGCCCGCGCACUUCUGUGGCAUUGUGGGUCUGAAGCCCACGUACGGCAGGGUGUCGCGGUACGGCCUGAUCUCGUACGCUUCUUCGCUGGAUGUCAUCGGGCCCAUGGCGCACACGGUGGAGGACGCCGCACUGCUGCUCAACGGCGGUGUGUUUCCUCGCGUGUUGAGGCUGUCUUCCCUCCCUGACUUCUCUCCCCCCUGUCCGCAGGUGUCCCUGCCCACUUUCGGUCUGGGGCUGCCCGCCUACUACGUACUCGCCCUUUCGGAGGCCUCGUCCAAUUUAUCACGGUACGAUGGCGUAAGGUACGGCGCACGCACCGCUGGUGCGUCCGACCUGCCAUCCCUGUUCUGCGGCUCUCGUGGUGAGGGUCUGGGCCCCGAGGUGAAGCGGCGCAUCCUCAUGGGCACAUACGCUCUGUCGGCGGGGUACUACGACGCCUACUACAAGCGGGCGCAGCAGGUCCGCACGCUGGUGCAGCGGGAGAUGGCCGCCACGCUGGCCUCCUUCGAUGCGCUGCUGACCCCCACCGCCCCCAGCCCGGCCUACCGGCUGGGGGAGAAGAGCUCCGACCCCCUGGCCAUGUACAAGGGCGACCUCAUGACUGUCAAUGUCAACCUGGCGGGGUUACCGGCGGUGGUGCUGCCAGCUGGCUUUGUGUCGGCGGGCGCUGGCGGGGAAUGUGGUGUGCAGCUGCCCAUCGGGAUGCAGCUCAUAGGUCGGGCGUUUGACGAAGUAGGACUGUUGCAGCUUGCGCAUGUGUACGAGCAGACGGCAGCGCUGCCGUCGGUGGCGGCGCCCCUGGCUGCUUCAUGA